AUGGCCGAACCCUUCCGCCCGAAUCUGUUCCCGCCCUCCUCCACACCCCAAAUAACCACUGAUCCGCAGUCCCCAGCCUCAUCUAAGAAAUCGCAUCUGCACUCGCUGCAUCACCACCCGCACCGACACCAUCACCAUCACCGCCAUUCGUCGCGACACCAUGCAAAGGAGGCCGUGCAGUCGGCGAUCCAAUUGCACCCGCCGACGAGCUUUGGUGACUUGCUGAAGCAGGCUAAGGGCAGUCGUGCGACUUCGGCUUCGCCGGCGCAUAGUCGGAGGGAGAGCGUGAAGAGCGCGACGCUGGAUGCGCAGGCAGAGGUGCUGGAGACGCGGGAGGCGCGGGCGAAGCCCGUAGGGCCAGAAGAUAUAGAGUGCGAGCGGAAGAGGGUUAAGGCUAGGGAGCAAGAGCUUCGGUCUUCCCUUCAAACCCUUUCCGAUCAGUCGCUGAAGACGUCUCGCCACCUCGAUGAUACCUACUAUUCCAUUUUGGAGAAAGUGUCUCUGUUGCGGCAGACGAUAGGCAGCCUACAGGAGCUCUCGGGUCUGACGAAGGAGCUUCACGAGAACUUCCGGUCCGAUACACAGGAGCUGGUGGAGGAUAUAAAGGGCCAAUUCGAUGCGUUCGGUAACUUUGAAAAGCAGCAGGAGCAGGUCGCGGCAUUAGAGGAGAGAAUAAAGGCAGGCAAAGAGAAGGCUGAUUCGCUGACUGCAAGACUUAUGGAAGCAAAGAAGCGUGUCGAAGCACGGGCGAAGAGCGAAGCUGAGUGGGAUGCUAGGAUCACACGACGACUGAAAUUCCUCUGGGGCAUCCUCGGCACUAUCGCGGCUCUCAUCAUACUCGCAAUUCUCUUCCAGCAAUUCAAACCCCUCCACUCUACUAGGGAGCCUAGGGCAGCACUCGACUUCAGCUCAAGGACGAAGAUUCUCGACGCUCCAAUACCCGAUCUCGCGAAAGAGGCGAUUCUAAGCACCACGAGGUCUACACCGGAGGUCUUGGUAGCGACGUUGGAAGCAAAACCGGUCACUGAGUUGGAGGGCGAUGAUCGAUUGCGCGUAUUCGAUGAGCUCUAA